AUGGCUGGCGUCGUCACGGACAAGCAUCCAGCAAAGCACCUCGAGGAGACCGCAUCGAGGGCCUUCAAUCCCUGGACAAGCCACAGCGCCGGAUCCCAGUCGCCCGCGCCGCCGUACUCCGCGAUGGGGGCGUCUCCGCCGGCACCUCACCCACGCAACGCCCUCGACAUCCCUCCCGCCGUCCAGGCUCGUCUCGAGGGGAUAUUCCACGAGAAUUGCGGCGGCAAACCAUACCUGACCGCCAUCGAGGCGGCCGCAGUCUUUAUGCAGACGGGCUUGACCAAAGCAGACCUCUCGAGGAUAUGGGAGCAGGCCGACCUGAAUCAAGACGGACGCUUCACCAUGAACGAAUUUGUCCAUGCCAUGUGGUUGAUUGAGCUUCAAACGGGAAGGGGUCAUCCAUCGACGCUACCUCAGCCCCGUCCGUCGUCAUAUCACAGUGCAACGAGUCCCUAUCCAUCGCCGCCGCCGACAUCCAGCCACAUCGCCGGUCCUCCGCCAUAUCAAGCGACAUCGUACCAAGUCCCUCCACCCCCUCCGCAAACCUUUUCGGUGCCGCCACCUCCUCCACACCAGUGGCAGCAGACGGGCUUCACUGCAGUCCCAGGCUACCACACAGCGGCCCACCCGGGUUGCCCGCCAACGCCUGCGCCGCAGCCCGAGGCCAUGAAAAUGAAAAAGGCCAUGAUCUGCGCGGGCUGCGAGGCGGGCAUCCUGCCCGACGACAUCAUCUACCACUGCGCGGAAUGCGACAAAAAGCACAACGGCCUCAGCUACUGCGAGCGUUGCCACUCGGCCGGUAGGGCCGGCAGCUGCACGCACGGGCUCAAGCGUGUCAAGCUCGAGGAGGACGACCUGCCCAUCCGGGACAAGGACGGCAGCUGGCUGAUGGGCGUCAAGUGCAUCAAGUGCAAGACCAAGAUGAAGAAGAAGGACCUGUGCUUCAAGUGCAGCCACUGCUGGGACCCCGACUUUUGCCCCAGCUGCUGGCGGUCCAAGGACAAGCGGUGCAAGCACGCCGCCAAGGGCAAGGUCAAGAUGUGCAGGGUCGGGCGCAAGGACGACGACGAGAUUGAGGAAAUCAUCGAUGGCGUCAUGUCGGUGCUGGGGGGUUGA